AUGGGGCAGCCCAAGAGGAAGGUCCCGGAAGGCCGAGACGGUGGUGCGGCUUUCCCCGCGGGCUCAGCCAAGCGGGCCCGAACUGACCAGCUCACCGGCGUGCAGUUCAAGGCUCAGCUAAGGGACACGCAGGACGCAGGACCAGUCUUGGAAGCAUUUGUCUCUGCGGCCAAGAAGCUACCACAAGAAGGGGUGUACGAUGUCGUGGAAGGAUAUAUAAAGAUUUCUGUGGAGUGUGCAGAACUUUUUCAGCUCUUGAGUGGAGAGAAACACCCUGAAAGUGAAACACAACUAAUAUUUCAAGUUUUCGAGGCCAUAUUAUUGCGAACAGCAAGUGACCUUUCACAUUUUCAUGUUGUGGGGACCAACAUCGUGAAAAAGCUCAUGAAUAACCAUAUGAAGCUCAUCUGUGAGUCCCUGUAUGCCUCAGGUUACAGGUUGGCUCGAGCCUGCCUGAACCUGAUGGCAGCCCUGGUGGCCCAGGGGACUGAAGCUGCCAGGGACGUCUGCAGCCACUUUGAUUUGAAUAAAAAGCCCUUAUAUGCCCUGGUCACCAAGCGGGAUUCAAAGGGCGUGCCUGACGUGCGACUGGCAUACAUCCAAUUUGCCCUUUCCUUCUUAAUUGCUGGUGAUGAUAACACCAUCGUGCAAGUGCUUGAGGUGAAAGAAUUCAUUCCCUGCAUUUUUAGUUCAGGCAUAAUAAAGGAAGAUAGGAUUUCUACCAUCAGUCUGCUGUUAUCCACACUGAAAACCAAGGUGGUUCACAAUAAAAAUAUCACAAAAACACAGAAGGUGCGUUUCUUCACUGGGCAGUUACUGAACCAAAUAGCUUCACUGUAUUCCUGGAGGGGGAUAAUGGACGUGGACAUGGACGACCCCAAGGCUUCUGCUGAUGAAGUCGGGAAAACCAUGGUAAGGGAGCUGGUUCAUACCUUCCUGAUGGAUCUUUGCUGUUCACUCAAGCAUGGGAUUAAUUUUUAUGACGCCUCUUUCGGUACCUUUGGAAGAGGAGGAAACCUUACUCUCCUGCACUUCUUGUUGGGUCUGAAAACUGCAGCAGACGAUGAACUGGUAGCUGAACUUGUGGUGAACAUCCUUAAAGUAUGUCCCGACUUACUCAACAAAUAUUUCAAGGAAGUGACAUUUUCCUUCCUCCCAAGAGUGAAGUCGGCUUGGUCCAAUAAUAUUAAACUACUUAACAAGAUCUAUGAGGCCCAGCCAGAGAUUUCCCGGGCGUUUCAGACCAGAGAGUUUAUCCCCUUGCCUCGGCUCCUCCCGAUGGUGAUGGUGACCACUGUGCCCCUGGUCUGCAAUAAGAUCAUGUUCACCCAGGCAUUAAACUUGGACAGCAAAUCAGUCAAACACACAGCUUUAUCCCUUAUUUCUGUCAUUUUGAAGAGAGCAUUAAAGAAUAUUGACUACUGCCUCAAUAAAGAGACAUGGCAGGAAUCAGGUGUGUACACAUCUGUGAUGAUGGAGGAAUUCGUGCGGCUCUUCAGAGAAGCCCUGAGCAAGAUUUUACCAGACCUGAACACUGUUGUAUGGGUCUGGCAGUCACUCAGAAAACAAGAGACCAAGCAGGAUGGUGAGAAAGGAAAGAAGAAAGGUCAAGGGACUUCAACUGCUGAUGUGGCUCCCCAGAGUGAUGAUGCAGAAACCAUUCAUUUGAAAGCUGUUCUGCUUCAGGUCAUAUGCCUGUACCAGAAAGUGGUCCCCCAUGUGGUCAUGCAGUACAACUUUGACUUCAGCAAGCUCCUGAAAGGCGUCAUCUCGGAGCAGGGCCUUUGUGAUGAGGUCCCUCCCAUUUUGCAACACCACAUUCUGAAGGUGGCUCUGGAGCUGCCUGCUAACAAGUUCUCAUGGCUGAAGGCACAGGAAGGCCCAGAUGCAGAAAUUGUUGGGGGAGAAAGAUCCGUGUUUUAUUUAUUGAUGAAAAUGUUUGUGACCAGUAGCCAUUCACAACUCAAGUCAUCCACCAAACUUCUGAUCAUAAAGAUCCUGCAGGACACCGGGGUGUUUGAGUACACCUGGAAUGAGCUGGAGCUGUGGCUGGAGCACCUGGACAGCACCGCGGAGGAGAAAAAGGAAACCGUGAUUCAGUUUUUGGAAAGUGUUUUAUUGACGUUGGUGGCAAACCCAUAUUUAUACACUGACAAAGCAUCUGAUUUUGUCCAAGAAGCCAGCACCCUGCAAGCCACAAUGACAAAGCAGGACACCGAUGAUGUCAGCAUCCCCAUCUCCCAUAUCGACGAUGUCCUGGACAUGGUGGAUGUCCUGGUGGAGGGUAGUGAAGGCUUGGAUGAGGAAAUCGGGUUCUCGCUGAAUGAAGACAUGAUCCUGCUCACGUUCCCAUUCAGUGCUGUGGUCCCUGCAGCCCUGGAGGCCAGGAACAAGUUGCUCCAUGGGACAGAAAAGAAAGCAGGAGCAAGCAUCGUGGCAUAUCUGACAGCGGUGCUGACGGACCUCCUCCACACCCAGAGAGACCCCCUGGCUCUGUGUCUUCUGCUUCAGGCUUAUGACAAGUCCGAGUCCUCAGGCUCACCCCAGUGCAAGCAACUCAGCCGGUUCCACAGAUACUACAGCCUCUGGAUCCCAGAGCAAGCCCGCGAGGCCUGGCCUCUUCAGACCUUGGACAGCACCGCAGCCCAUGCUCCUUCCUCAGACUCCUCCUUUGCCGCCUUGCUGAAGACAGCCUACGAAAGCAAGGACGCGCUCCUGGAUCACGCUGUUCAGGCGCAGCUGCAGGCGGCCAUCCCACAGCUCCCGCUGCCCCAGGUCCUCCGCUCCGUGAAGCAGCUGCUGCUCUACCUCAGGACCACUGUGGAGAAUUUCAGCCUGCUGGGCAGAAGUGUUGGGCCACCCCUCCUGCAGCUCUUCAUGGAUCUCCUCCAGACCCUGCUUACUCACUGUGAGCAGCUAGAUGCUCAGAACCGGCAGAGAUGUGAGACCACCCAGGCUGAAGCUGACCUCCUCCUGGACAUGGAGUCCCUGGCCUCCCUGGAGCUGGCCAGCGACAAGACACUGGAGGAGGUGCUGGUGGCCAUCCUCAGACACCCCACGCUGGACAACUGGUUCCUGGCCCUGGAGCGGCAGGCCCUGCCCCCACACACCCUCAGCCCCAUCCUGGUGAAGCGCCUGGCAGCCCAUCUAAGUGCAGGGGUCCUACAGCUGCUGGUCACGAGCGCCCCAAUCCUCCAGAGCAUCGGUCAGCAGGGCUUAUUCAGUAGGUACUCGGAGGCUAUCACCCAGAGUGUUCUGACGGAGCUGAAAGUCAGGAGGGCAGGCCUGGCCAUGACGCCACCAAAGGACCCACCACAAGUGAAGGCCUUGCAGGCCCUGCAUCCAUACAUGGGGGGCAGCCAGCUUCGAGAGAUCACCCUGGCCCUGUUGGGCCUGCCCAAGACCUGCCUGGUGAUCCAGCAGCCCUCAAAGUCCCCUGGACAGGGAAGACAUCUGAACGUUCUUGGGAAGACAUUGGUCCAGUUGCUGACCAGCAGACCCCAGGACCAGCUGCUGAGUGGUGAGCUCCUGUGGGCCUCUGAGUAUGUGAGGGGUCUGGCGGUAUUGCUCCCCACACUGGCCGUGGAAGAGCUGGACACAGUAUUCCUCCAGACUUUGCAGAGAGACCCUGAGCUGGCCCCCGUGGUUGGGGUGGGCCUCCUUGACUACUGCCUGGCCCAGCGGACACCAGUGGCCCUGCACAUAGUUGCCUUGCUCCUUCAGCAAAGCUCUACUCACCUGCUGCGGUUUGAGCUCUGGUGCCUGCAGGCUGGUUCCAGGCUUGUCCUACAGGAGGAUCUCGAUGCCUUUCUCCCGCUCGUCCACACGUACCUCCAGUGCAGGUCUCAAGGAUGCUUCACACGCCCUAAAGGAGUGUCCUCUGCUGUCACGCCUGUCUUGAGGAAGACCCUGUGGAAGCAACUGCAGAGCAGACUUCUCAGUGCUGAUGGCUCCUCAGAGUCCAAGCUACAUCAGGAGGUCCUGUCUCAGCUGGUCCCAUUCGCACGAGCCAAGGAUCUCAGAGACCUCAUGGACCAUUUGCCCACCUUACUUCAAACUCCAAGUAGUCACAAGAGUUGGAUUGUUGCCGACUCUGUCUCAGUAGCCUUGGAAGGAUCAAUACAACAGCUGCGUGCCUGGGAAAAGAUUCUCCUGGAAUCCUGUAUCAAAUGGCUGAUCGUAUCUUUUAGUGGUAGCCAGCAAGAUGAUGACAAUACUCAGGAUCAAGAGAAGCAAAUGCUGCUGAGAUUAAAUGAGCUGUUGCAUUCACUUAAGGAAGUUGAUCCUGGUGAUUGGCAGAAAUUUGUGAAGACUGGACUCAAAUUCCGAUAUCAGGAUCAUGCAUUCUUAAAGGCACUCCUUGCUGCCCUACAAGUCUUGUAUGUCCCAGAAAGCCCUCUGCGCACGAAGCUUGUCCAGCCCCCCACGAUACAUAUGAUGCUUACCCAGCAUUCUCUGUUUUUGUCAACUAUGCUGACGUCUGAUGGAGAGGAAAACCCAGGCAGCCAAGUGAAAGAAGCGCUGGUGGACCUGAUGUCAGCAGUGGUAAAGAUGUGCCCCUCUGUUUGUGAGAGCAGCCACUUUGCAGUGCUUCUUGGGGCCUAUGGUGCUACACUCAGCGUCCUGGACCAGAAGAUUUUGCUUCUCCUCCAGUCAUAUGAAAAGAAUGACCUCAGCCUCAUCGACUUCAGGGUGCUGAUGUGGGGCCCUGCAGCUGUGGAUCAUCAUAAGACGUGCCGAAGCCUGGGCAAGUCACUGUGGCAGCAGCCAAGUGUCGGAGACAUCCUCCGCCUGCUGGAUCGGGACCGGGUUUUGAAGACUGUCCUGCAUUUCCCCCAGAACCGGAAGCUGCUACCACCUGAGGAUGCACAGGAAAUAUUUAAAGACAAGAGCAUCGCGGAUCUCAGUGACCUUUAUGACCCCUGCUUUCUACUUCAUCUUUUCAGUGAAUUGACCAGGCCAGAAUUUGUGGUAGAUUGUCGAAAAUUUUUGGAUUCGAAUUCUUUGGGCCUGACGGUUGCAGCCCUCAGCAGCUAUGACCCCAAGAUGCGGGCAGCAGCCUACUACGUGUUGGCAGCUUACUAUUCGCAGCUGGAGGGAGCACGGUUCCGCGAGCAGCCUCAGCUCCUCUACCUGUUGGAUGUAGUCCGGAAUGGGAUCCGAUCUCAGAACAUGAGACUCACUUUCUCCUUGACACUCUUCAUUGCCAAAGCAGCCCUACAGAUUUUGAAGCCAGAGGAGCAUAUGUACCUGAAGAUCAGCAAGUUUCUGUUGUCACAUCAGGAUCUGAAUAUGAACAAAGUCCCAGCCUUCUACCAGUUCUUCUACAGCUCCGACUUUGAGCAAAAAACCGAGCAGGAGUGGGUGUUUGGCAUCCUGCGUCAGGGGAUCCGAGACAAGCACUGCUACGAACUGUACGCCAGACAAGGGAUUUUCCACGUCAUCCUGUCCUUCUUCAACAGCCCACUGUGUGAUGACGUGGCCCAGAAUUGGAUUUUAGAAAUUCUACAGAAUGCCGCUCAGGUUGCCAAAUCUGCCUAUGAACUCCUACGAGACUAUAGCCUACUGACAUGGAUUGUGCACAUCCUGGAGAGCAGGUUUGUGGAGACCCAGCUGCUCUCUAACAUCAUCUCCUUGGUGCACACCCUAUGGGUGACCAACCUGGGAGACAGGGUGGUGGAUCCAGAGAGCCAGGCCACUUGCAAACCGAGGUCCCAGGAGCCCCCAAAGCUGCUGGCCUUGCACCUCAUCGAUGAGUUCCUUUAUGUUCUCACUGCGCUCAUGAAGCACCUAAGGCCCACCUUGGACCCUGCCCAGGUGACCAGCUUCUUCUGGGCUCUCGACUCCAUGCUGAGGUACCGAGCCACUGUCACACAGGCCUUUAAGGAGAUGAACCGCUUCACCGUGAACGAGAAGGUUCUCUCCACCAAGGAUGUCUUGGUUCUCUUGCACAAGUGGAGCCUCAUCGAAAGAGACACCAAGCUCCAGGAAGACCUGAAAGCCACCGCUGAGAAAUACCAAGUCAAGGAGCUCGUGAAAAUGAUCAAAGAUAAGAACAAGCCCAUUGGGAUAGCCCGAGCCAAAGGCUCCCGGAGCCGAAAGAGGAGGCUUGAGGAGGCGGAAGAGGCACCUGCCCCUGAGCUGAGGGCGGCCAGCCUGGAUACCUGCAGGGGCCUUCUGAGGUCCGUCCUGACCCAUUGGGAGCCUGUGUCCUCCAGCCCUGUGCUCUCUCCAGAGCCCGAGGAUGGAGCCACCCCUGAGAGUGAUGCUGCGGGCUCUGUGCAUGCCUCUACCUCCCUGGUGGCCAGCUGGGUGCUGCGGACCAUGGCCACAUGCCCACCCAUCGGGGACAAGGCUGCAGAACUCCUCAACUGGCUCAAAAGCCACAUUUUGCCACAGCCGGUGGUCGUGGCUGAGCUUCUCCAGGAUGGCGCAGUGAGGAGUGGCCUCUUUAAGCUGUACAGUCGACUCUGUGGGGUCGAGGGGCUGGCAGGCCCUGCACAACAGGUCACCUGCCUGUUCAAUACGGUCAUGUUGCAGCUGGUGGCCUCCCAGGGCCACGUGCAGAGCCCCUUCCACCUGGCCAUCAAGGCCCUGUGCCAUACUUCUCUGACUGAGGAGGAUGAAGCCGUGAGAGCUGCUGCCGCCUUCCUGGUGACUCUGUACAUCAAGGACCUCUGGCUGGGAGCCGCUCGGCCUGACGCCCUGCUGGCCCACGCCCGAAUGAUCUGCGAUGCUGUAGACGAGGCAACAAGUGGUGGUGACAAAAGCCAGACCCCGGAGGACGCUAUCCUCAUGCUCUGCAAGGACAUCACUGCCUCUGCUGCAGAUGCCUGA